AUGAGGAGAACAUCGGUAUCGCUGCCGACAAACAACAAAGUCGCCCGCGACCCAUACGAGAAACGCGCACGUUACGAGGCCAACCAGCGAGAGGUCGGCCUUUUCGAGAAGAUCACCGAGGCCAUGUCGCAGGCUAGGCAGACUCGGUGGUUCAAGACCAUCGCCGUUCUGGUCGUCAUUUUGUUUCUUUUCUUCUUCCUGUCACCCUCGGGAGGAGUUGACCUGUACAAGAGUGGAGUUCCCUCAGCUACUAGCCCCAAUUCAGGACAGGCCCCCGCCGACGCCUCUUAUGGCACCGACAAGUGCACUCGAUCCUUCUCCAAGGACAAGCCCAUCGUCCAAUAUGUUCUCAUGAUCGACGCCGGCAGCACCGGCUCGCGCAUCCACGUCUACAAGUUCAACAACUGCGGCGCCGCCCCAGAGCUCGAGAACGAGCUCUUCAAGCAGACCGAGAAGCGCGAGGGCGGCAGCGGCCUGAGCGCCUACCCCGAUGACCCCGAGGCUGCCGCAAAGUCGCUCGACCCUCUCAUGGAAGCGGCUGUGAAGGAGGUCCCCGAGAAGCUCCGAUCCUGCACUCCGGUCGCCGUCAAAGCCACGGCGGGUCUGCGCCUGCUCGGCGACGUCAAGAGCGGCAAGAUCCUCGAGGCCGUCCGCCGCCACCUCGAGAACGACUACCCCUUCCCGGUGGUGGCCGACCAGUCUGGCGUCUCUAUCAUGGACGGCAAGGAUGAGGCCAUCUAUGCCUGGGUCACCGUCAACUACCUGCUCGGCAAGAUCGGCGGCCCCGACAAGAGCGAGACGGCCGCCGUCCUCGACCUCGGUGGCGGCUCCACACAGAUCGUCUUCGAGCCGACCUUCAAGGACGCCCCCAACGGCGGCAUGCCCGCCAAGCUGGCCGAGGGCGACCACAAGUACGAGCUGCAGUUUGGCGGCCGCAAGUUCGAGCUCUACCAGCACAGCCACCUGGGCUACGGCCUGAUGAGCGCCCGCGAGGCCAUCUUCAAGGCCCUGAUCGACGAGAUCUACUCGUCCAAGAAGGGCGACAAGUCGUGGCUCAACGCCCCCGUCGUCAACCCCUGCUUCGGCGCCGGCAUGGCCAAGACCAUCAAGGUCAAGUUUGGCGAAGGCCACCCGCUCGGCAAGGAGAUGGAGAUCAACAUGACGGGGCCCAAGUCCGGAGCGCCCGCCCAGUGCCGUGCCCUGGCCGAGAAGAUUCUCAAGAAGGACGCCGAGUGCAAGCUCGCCCCUUGCUCCUUCAACGGCGUCCACCAGCCCUCCAUCGCAAAGACCUUUGCCAAGGAGGACAUGUACUUCCUGUCCUACUUUACCGACCGCGCCGAGGCCCUCGGCAUGCCCGAGUCCUUCUCGCUCAAGGAGAUGCGCGACCUCGCCGAGCAGGUCUGCGGCGGCAAGGAGUCCUGGGGCGUCUUCUCGGGCGUCAAGGGCGCCCUCGAGGAGCUCGAGGGUCGCCCCGAGUACUGCCUCGACCUCAACUUCAUGCUCGCCCUCGUCCACACCGGAUACGAGAUGCCCAUUGACCGUGAGGUCAAGGUCGCCAAGAAGAUCAAGGGCAAUGAGCUUGGCUGGUGCCUGGGAGCUAGUCUUCCAUUGCUCGCCACGGGAUCCGGAUGGACCUGCAAGAUUGCCGAAGUCCACUGA